UUGAGACCGACUGGAGCAGAAACGUUUGUUAAAAUAACAGCAGCACAACAGCGCCCUCAACUGGCAACUGUUAUGAACAACACGGCAUAAAAAUAUCAUUAAGCCUCAAUAAUUCACUGCAAAUACAAUGAGAAUGAGCAAAAUGAUUGACAGGUUGUUGUUUUUAAAGUGUACUUAACCUCGUGCAACCCCACGUCCACACGCGUGGAUGUUAAAUUUUGGGUUUGCUAUAAGGAAUGCACCAUUUAAAUGAACUUAAACUGACUGAUCUCAGUUCAGGAGACACUGUGUUGUCAGUAAAGGGUUAAUCUUUCUACAUAGAGUCAUGAGAGCACAUGCCAACAAAACUACAUCUGGUAAGAAACCUAAUUACGAUUUUACAUUCAAACCUGUUUUGAGUCAAAAGAUCAGAGUCUCUAGUUUCAAGCGAUAUGCCAUUUUAAACAUUUGAUCAAAUAUGCAAUAUUUACUGUCAUUAUCACAUUGAGAAUAAAUGUAUUUAAGCAAAAACUGAUAAAUGUGUCUCUCAGAGGCUUUAUAUGGAGUUAUGAUGAAAAUAAGAUGCAUUUCAAACUGUUCUGAGACCAGUGCAGACAGACAGCACACUGGAGGUUAAGUCAUGCACUAAAUAUGGAGCAUCCUAUAGCUCUCCUAUAACUGUUCUGAGACCAGUGCAGACAGACAGCACACUGGAGGUUAAGUCAUGCACUAAAUAGGGAGCAUCCUAUAGCUCUCCUAUAACUGUUCUGAGACCAGUGCAGACAGACAGCACGCUGGAGGUUAAGUCAUGCACUAAAUAGGAGCAAGGGAGCAUCCUAUAACUCUCCUAUAACUGUUCUGAGACCAGUGCAGACAGACAGCACACUGGAGGUUAAGUCACGCACUAAAUAGGAGCAAGGGAGCAUCCUAUAGCUCUCUAUAACUGUUCUGAGACCAGUGCAGACAGACAGCACACUGGAGGUUAAGUCACGCACUAAAUAGGAGCAAGGGAGCAUCCUAUAGCUCUCUAUAACUGUUCUGAGACCAGUGCAGACAGACAGCACGCUGGAGGUUAAGUCAUGCACUAAAUAGGGAGCAAGGGAGCAUCCUAUAACUCUCUAUAACUGUUCUGAGACCAGUGCAGACAGACAGCACACUGGAGGUUAAGUCACGCACUAAAUAGGGAGCAAGGGAGCAUCCUAUAACUCUCUAUAACUGUUCUGAGACCAGUGCAGACAGACAGCACACUGGAGGUUAAGUCACGCACUAAAUAGGAGCAAGGGAGCAUCCUAUAGCUCUCUAUAACUGUUCUGAGACCAGUGCAGACAGACAGCACACUGGAGGUUAAGUCAUGCACUAAAUAGGGAGCAAGGGAGCAUCCUAUAGAUCUCCUAUAACUGUUCUGAGACCAGUGCAGACAGACAGCACACUGGAGGUUAAGUCAUGCACUAAAUAGGGAGCAAGGGAGCAUCCUAUAUCUCUCUAUGCAGUUAAGUGCGUUCACUCCUAAAAUCGGAUCAAAAGUUCAGUUUCAGGCUGCAGAUGAUGUUUGGAUCACUCAAUGAUCAUCAGUACAUAGAUUCACCAUUUAUAAUGUUUUAUUUUAUUUGAACAUGAUUGACAGUGAUUGGAUGAUGCUGGACAUUACUGUGAAACUGAAUUAAUUAUGAUAAUUUCUGAUUAUAACAUCUUAAAAACAUAUAAUCAACACAACAUUUUCACAACUUAGUCCUGCUGCCCACAUAUGUGGACAUCAAUUUUAAGUAAAACUAUUUGGUCAAAAAAUAAAUAAUAAAAAAAAAUUAAAAUUUUUUAUAUAUAUAUAUAUAUAUAUAGAUUUUUAUGCAUGUUUCUUAAGGCUAUUAUAUAUAUAUAUAUAUAUUAGGGCUGUCGAUUUAACGCCUUUAUUCAGUGCGAUUAAUUUUAUUAAAAAUAACCAGUGUUAAAAAAAAAUGUAAACAAUUAAUUGCAAUGCCCCCGGACCGUAUUAAGGAAGCGUCCUGAGAAAUGCAAGCGUGCAGUACCACCUGUUUACUCCAGGGGGCAGUAAGUGAAACUUCAGCUGUAUGAGCAACACACAGUUUAUAAGGUGAAUAAAACACGUUACAUUCUUGCGUUCAAAACACUUGCAGGAGUGCAAAUCUGAUCUAAUGGAUCUCAAGAUGUGUUGAUCUGCAGUGUGAAGGUCAGGAUCUGUCAUCAUGGAUUUCCAGCACAGAGCUGGAGGGAAAACGGGCAGCGGCGGUGUCGCCUCUUCGUCCGAGAGCAACCGAGACCGGCGCGAGCGACUGCGACAGCUCGCCUUAGAGACUAUAGACAUCAAUAAAGAUCCAUACUUCAUGAAAAACCAUUUGGGCUCAUACGAGUGUAAACUGUGUCUCACGCUUCACAAUAAUGAGGGAAGUUAUCUAGCUCACACGCAGGGGAAAAAGCACCAGACUAACCUAGCGAGACGAGCUGCAAAAGAAGCGAAGGACGCUCCAGCACAACCGGCUCCAGAGAAGGUGAAGGUUGAAGUGAAGAAAUUUGUCAAGAUUGGUCGACCAGGUUAUAAAGUAACAAAACAGAGGGAUCCAGAGUCUGGACAGCAGAGUUUGCUUUUCCAGAUCGACUAUCCAGAGGUAGCGGAAGGCAUCGGGCCGCGGCAUCGCUUCAUGUCGGCGUACGAGCAGAGAAUCGAACCUCCAGACCGUCGCUGGCAGUACCUGCUGUUUGCAGCGGAGCCGUACGAAACCAUCUCAUUCAAGGUGCCCAGUCGAGAGAUUGAUAAAGGAGAGACUAGAUUUUGGACACAUUGGAACAGAGAAACAAAACAGUUCUUUUUGCAGUUUCACUUUAAGAUGGAGAAAUCUCUGCCCCCUCCACCUGGUCAAUCGGCAUCAGUGGGGGUCAAACGCCCACCGUCACUCAUCACUGGAUUUGGGCUACGUCCACCAAGUGACUCUAUGCCACCCCCACCACCCGGAGGCAUGAUGGGAAUGCCCCCUUUGCCCCCCGGUGCCCCUGGCAUGCCUCACAUGCCCCCUCACAUGAGACCCCCCCUCCCCAGUAAUGGACAGACAGGAAUGAGCAGUAACUGAACGAGUGUGUCUGUAAAUAAUUUCUCAGUUUUAUCUCAUGUUUGUAAACCAGCAUUUACUUUUUAUGCAUUUUCAUGACUGUUCAGAGAGUUCAUGUCUUUGUAGGGUAUCCAUACGUGUCUGGCACCACAGAGAGGUUUGUGAUGUCAAUCUCUCUUGUGGCUCCGGUACAUCAGCCCAACCGCACAAUAUCCAAUUGAUUUAAUGUUCUUUUUGUUCUCAUGCAUUUUUGAUGCAUUUUUAUUUGUCCAAUUGUUGCAUAUUUUUUCUUUGGAUAAAAUAUCUGUUCAUGUUCAGAGAAUAAAUCCAUCAGCUUUUG